GUCCACCCCAAAACAAUCAUGACUCGUCUCUGUCCCCUUCACCUCCUCCUCAUCGCUGCCGCGGCGGCGUCUGCCAGCGGUGCCGACGAGGCGCACGUCUCCAUCGCGGUCGCGGAGAAGGGCCUGGCCUUCGCCAAGGACGUGCUUAUCAGCGAGGCCGUGCGGUCGCUGACCCCUCUUCGCCUCCCCGGGGUGGAGAAGGCCGUCCGCGUGCCCUUCCUUGGCGGCAUCCGCGUUGCCGCCUCCAACAUCACGCUAUUCCACCUAGACGUCGGGGACAACUCCACUAUCUUCCCCGGAGACUCGGGCCUUCUCGUCGUCGCCUCCGGCAUCACCGCCAACAUCAGUAUGCAUUGGAGCUACUGCUACGAUUCGUGGUUGUUUCCCAUAGAGAUCACCGACAGCGGAACGGCCUCAAUCCUGGUUCAAGGAAUGGAAGUUGGGAUAACCAUGGUUAUAAAGAACAAGAAUGGGAGUUUGGCUCUGUCUGUUUCACAGUGUGGUUGUUAUGUGAAGGACCUAGUGAUAUCCCUGGAUGGUGGAGCAUCUUGGUUUUAUCAAGGGUUUAUAAAUGCUUUUGAAGAUCAUAUUAAAGCUGCAGUUGAGAAGGCAGUACCUGAAAAUAUCAUUGAAGGCGCUGGGAAACUGGACUCCUUUCUGCAAGGUCUCCCCAGGACCAUCAGUUUGGACGACGUCGCGGCCUUCAACUUGACUUUCAUUAAUGAUCCACACUAUGGCAAUUCUUCAAUUGAGUUCGAUAUCAAUGGGUUGAUUACUUCAGCGGUUGCUGAGACAGCCAAUCUGCAGAAGCAUCCACAACUUUCUUUGGCUUGUGGUGGUGCAUCAAAAAUGCUUUUGCUCUCACUUGAUGAAGAUGUAUUCAAUUCAGCACUAGAAGUUCAUUUUAAGGCUGGUUCAAUGCAUUGGGUUGUUGACAAAGUCCCUGAUCAAUCUCUACUGAACACAGCUAAUUGGAAAUUUAUCAUUCCUCGUUUAUACUGGAAUUACCCAAAUGACGAUAUACUGCUAAAUAUCUCAAUGGCCUCAUCCCCGGUGAUAAGGGUUACAUCAGAAAAAAUUGAAGCUACCAUUAAUGGAGACAUGAUAAUUGAUGUUGUAGAUAACAAGGAGAUAGUUCCAGUUGCAUGCAUCUCAGUGAUUGUCAGUGCUUCAGGUGUUGUGGAUGCAUCAGGCAAUAAAGUAUAUGGUAGAGUUGGAUUAGAUAAUUUCUCCCUUGCGUUGAAGUGGAGUAAAAUUGGCAACUUCCAUAUGUCUUUGAUUCAGGGAGUGAUUCGGGUUCUCCUGAACACAGUAUGCAUGCCGUAUUUGAACUCACGGCUUGGGAAUGGAUUGAUCUUGCCCGUGGUCCAUGGUUUCACACUUCAAGACGUCUACGUUUUAACCUCUGCUGAGCAGCUGACGCUUUGUUCGGAUGUCACCUUCAACGCAAGCAGCAUGGCGAGUUUAUUAUGAUACAGGGAAGUGCGUGUCUGGCGUAUUUCAUUUAGCGUUGAAGUACAACACUCGCACAUAUGUGUACAUUAUAUUGUACAUACUACACAACAUCUCGUUAUAAAUAUUGUUUACAUUCAA